AUGGGUGAAGCCGUCUCAGCGAUCGACAAAGCUUGGGCAUACCGUUACAACCAGGUAAGCCUUGCUAAUCCGCCGGGCGACACUGCGGUAGAGCAUGCAUCAGAGAAUUACAUGAUGUUCGAGGGGACGAGCACUGGGUUUAACGGAACGACAACGUUCACGCGGCUGACGCCUGUCGAGCAAGCUUUUGCCGCAGAGCUGAUCGCGUACUGGCUCUCUUUCAUACACUCGGGCGACCCUAACACGUACAAACUUGACCGCUCGCCCGAAUGGUCGCAGUAUAGUACUGCAGCGCGCAACCGGAUUGUGCUGCAGGAGGGUCCGCCAAACUCGAGCACCGAGAGCGGGAGCUUCGUGGAGAUUGAACCAGAUGUUGAGCGGACAAGGUGCGAGUUUGUGGGCAAGCUGGAUCAUAUGCAAGCGUGA